CUCGUCUGCCCCGAGUUGCCGCACACCUCUUUCCUGAGAAACAGAAAACCCAAAUCCCCUCGGCGGCGGAACCCUAGCAGCUCGCCGCCAGCGGCGGGCCAUGGCGACCGACGGCGACAUCGACAUGGCCGACCUCGCCUCCCUCGACGCCCCGGCCUCUUCCGCCGCCGCCGCCGCCCCCUCCGUCCGCUUCCAACCCAACGUCAAGGGCAAGCCCAAGCCCAAGCCGAAGCCGAAGCCGAAGGCCAAGCCGGCGCCCAAGCCCAAGGACAAACCAGAGCCGGAGCCAAAACCGGAGGAGGGUGACCCCCACGCUGUGGCGGCGGCGGCCACGCUGCCGGAGGGCGGCGUGGAUGCGAUGGAGACCGACACGGACAGGGUGGGCGCCGGCGAGGGCGCGGAUGACAUGGAUGUCGAGGACGAGGACUUUGUGGUGCGGGAGAUCGACGUCUACUUCACGCCCAAGCCCUUCGACAAGGACAGCAAGCUGUACAUCAUGCAGUAUCCGCUGAGGCCAUGCUGGCGUCCGUACGAGCUCGGUGAGGUGUGCAAGGAGGUGCGCGUGAAGCCAGGGAGCUCAAAGGUUGAGGUGGACUUGGAGGUCGAUACGCAGAGCGACAAUUACGACCCGGAGGUUUCUGGGUCUCUGAGGCUGACGACGCAGACGCUGUCAUCAUCGGAGGCGGCCGAUGUGUCUGACUAUGCCGUUGGGGUUCUCCGAGGCAACAUGGUUCAUCUGAAUCAUCUUGAUGCGGUGAUGCAGCUACGGCCGUCAAUGCCGCAUCUGAUUUCUGGUGCUUCGCGUACUAGGCAGCCUUUGCAACAGGUGGAAACAAAUGGUGGUCGUGCUGGUGGCCAGGCUGUUCCACCAGCUAAGGGAAAUGAGCGCUCAGAUGGUUCCAAGGACUUGCCUAAAGAACCUGAGCCAUGGAUUUCUCUCACUUACGAACCAGCUGGGAGUGAUGUUGCAAGCAAGUACUAUGCUGAGAUGGUAGCGAGCGAAGGCAGGCCUAUAGAUUUCACAAUGAGCACACAGGAUUACGCAUUGUCAUUGUGUCCUGGAGGGCCGACAGGCAGCAAGAAUAUUAACAGAAGCCAGGUGAUCCGGGAGAUGCUUUCACUGCCACUGGAAGAGCGCCUGAAGAAAUGGUUUACUGAGGUGUCACAAGUGACUCGAUUUGUUGCUCUAAUGCAUCUUGCUCCAGACUGUUCGGAGGAAGACCUUCUGGAAACUCUUCCAGGGUAUGCUGAUUUGGUGCGUGGUUUAUGGGUCUGCAGAAGUUCUUUGUUGUAUGAUGAUGGACUCGCUUCCAAAAGGGAUCAAAUUAUGCUUGAGUUUACAAAAAUGGAAUCCAUACCUGUGAAGUAUGUGGAGAGACUGAUCAGAGAUGAGCGAACAAGGAACAUGAUAUUGAAUCCGCUGGGUAAAAGAAGGGAGAAGCUUCAAGACUACAAGUUUAUAGUAGCAGCAGAUUCAUCCUUCAUAAAACAUUAUUCCCAUAUAGUCAAGGAGCAAGAAAAUGCUUGGUCGGUCCGUGCUGCAACCAUGCCUGACCCCCUAGAGAAAUGCAGCGCUACUGAACAAAGGAAAACCAAGAACUCAACCAAAUCUAACAUUCCUGUGAAAGGGCCUGAUCCAGUAAUGGGUAAGACCAAGGAUGUCCUCGUUCAAGGAAGUGAAAACCAUGUGCGCUCUGUCUUGGAUAGUGUCUUCACUGCCAAUAAAGUUCGCAGCUUUCCGGCAGUUGUUAGAGACUUGAGGCACUUGGCAGUAAAAUAUGCCUCUGAUAGGAAAGAUGGAGCAAGAUUCCAAGCUCUGUCAAAUGCUGCACAAACUUGUGUUUCACUUUCUCGUAAAGAGCUUGAUGCUUCAAUACGUCUUGUUGCUGUUCCUGUCCAUGAUUUAUAUGUUCAAAAGUCCGAGGAGAAGGCUAGUGUGCGAAAUUGUCUCAUUAAGCUCUUCCGUGAUAGAGUUCCCAAUGGAACAUUAAAGAAGCAGGAAAUCCUUGAUUGUGCUCUGAGUAUCUUAAAGAGAAAAAUUAGUGAGAAAGAGUACCAUCAGGCCGUGUCUGAGAUCUGCAUCUCAAAUGAAGAUGGACACUUGGUAUUAAAGAAUGGUGAAAUGCCCUGAAUUCAGCCAUCAGGCUGUGACUGAGUUCUGCAUAUCAAAUGAAGAUGGAUACUUGGUAUUGAAGAAUGGUGAAAUGCCCUGAAUUCGAUAUGAUGAUGAACCUUAUAGAUGUCCAAAGUGCUUGAAGUUUACUGUAGUCACAGAAGGUGGUAAAUAACCAUUCUAGCAUUGCAUGUCGUUCUCUAAAAAUAGUUGGGUGUGUUCUUAGCAAUAAAGAUGGGCAUUGGUUGUGUAAUUGGUUCAUCAUAUCUGGACCACUUGCUGACAAGGUUCAAAAUUCAAAUCAACAUUUCUAAGCACUAUGUUUCUUUAUUAAA